AUGACUCCGUCUCUCCUGCUGCGUCUAGGGCUCUCCCUCCUAGUGCCGCUGUGUGGAGCAACAGCAGCGGGAAGUGCGGGGAGUGCAGCGCUUUGGAAGAGCUUGCUGUCUGAUGGCUUGUAUCCGAUUACGGCCGUUGAGCCGUCGAUCCAACCGCUAGCACCACUGCUCCAGUCACAAACACUGCUCCGAGGCCAUCCCUUCCGUGGCAGCCAGAAGCAGGUGCUCGCCGGGUCAGGCAACACCAUGUACCAGCAGGAGAAGAACGCAGGCAGCAUCAACAACCAGGGCUCCGUCAACAAUCAGCGCUCCAAAGUGUACCGAGAUGGCCCAGGGCUUGGCAGUGCGUCUACAGUGCAGUCUAACCAGCAGACUCAGACUGCUGACACCAACCCGGUUACCACCACUGUAUCGGUUGACUCUCCGUCUGUUACAAAUGACUACACAGGCUCGGGUAACGGCCUGUAUGGUCUCGCAGGCUUGGCCAUGGCGGGCCUACCGCGAUUGGUCCCCGCUCACGUCGCGGAGAACGUCGUCCGCCUAUACCGUGACUGUCUUCGCAUGGCAGAUUACCUCACUCACUCGAGGGGCCGCGGGCCAGCUGUGCGGGAGCACAUUCGCAGUGAGUUCAGGAAGCACAUGCACGAGACAGACCCCGCCAAGAUUGCAGAGCUCAAGGAGAGUGCAACUCGCGCGCUUACUAACUACAUGGUGUAUGAGGCAGGCAACCUAGCACGGCGAGGAAAGAUACUGCGCCCCAGAUGA